AUGCUGAAGCUCGGGCAGUGGUGGGGUCCAAACGACAACGAGAGCUCCGACGACAACAAAGAUAGUGCCGACGACGACAAAGAUAGUGCCGACGACGACAAAGAUAGUGCCGACGACGACAAGGGCUCCAACGACAACGAGAACUCCAACUCCAAGUUGCAGAAUGGCUGGACAUACUCUGUGACGCUGGGUGACCUGGACAAGUCGAGUUCUACAGAAAGCCGUUCCAUCACCAUCAACUCGACUGGCAUGGUCCAUCCGGACUAUCAAGCCAGGACAUCAAACAACGACAUAGCCUUGUUGAGACUGCACACCCCCGUGAACUUCCACGCCUAUCCCAACAUCCGUCCCAUCUGCCUCUCUUCUUCGGCUCAACCCGUGGCGGGUCAGGAUGUUGUCAUCGCUGGAUGGGGCACAACCUCCUUUGGUAAGCCCAAGAUAGGUGGAUAUGUGGCAGAAGUAAUGAGAGAAGCUGUGGUAACGGUCGACAACAAGACGACGUGUGAGAAUGCCUAUAAUCCAUUAGCAUCAACAACAGGACGAAACAUCACUGGCAGCAUGUUCUGUGCUUCUGCUCCUGGCAGAGAUGCUUGUCAGGGUGACUCGGGAGGGCCGGUGAUGUCGAGAACCCAGACAGGAUACUUCGUGGAAGUCGGGGUCGUAUCGUGGGGAUUCGGAUGUGCGGACAGAAAAUUCCCCGGUGUCUAUACAAGGGUCGCCAAUUACGUGGGCAACUUCAUAAAAGACAAAACCGGGGAUGCCAAAGUGUGCCCACCUCCCUGAAUAAUUUUCCCGUCUUCCUCGAUUCCGUGUCGAGUCAGAAUAAAUGUUCAUAAUUACAAGAGUUACCG